UGCGGGGACGGGGCGGGCUGGGCGUGCUGCGGGUCCCGCUGCCAGCACGGCGGUGGUGGGAUGCCGCUGGAAACUUGGUGAGAGCGGUGCGUCCGAAAGCGGCCACCCAAUGAGUGCUGACAGCGCAACGCCACCACCAAAGCCGGCAAAUUCAGACCGAGGCAGAAAGGAAUCUUCUUAAUGAGGAGCUCACGCCUUGGUGUGCCUCCAUUCCUCUUGGCACGUCGAUGCGCUUGAAGUCCUCCAUCGCGCGGUGGAAGGACGGGUGGGAGGCGGGUCCUGCUGCCCGGAGGGAUUCGGAGCGAUUCCCGUUUCUCGCUUUUCUGGAAAAGAGCGUUUUUCCGAGUAACGCUCGAUAGACCCAAUGAAUCACCAUCUGCAUAACUUUAUAUGGGGGCUGCUAUUCUCAGCAUCUCGCUGGAACUAUGUAAACUAUUAACCUCUGUGUCUGUUUGUACAUGCAACGUGCAAAUCUUUCUCCCGGCGACGCCUGGUUCAGAGCGGGUCGGGAGAGAUGGGGCAGAGCCAAGCGUGCCUUGCCUUGGCCGCUGCAGAUGGGGGCUCAGAAGGGGCACCCGGGGGGCAGUCCCUCUGUGGGUGCUGCUCUGGGGGUCCAAUAGGGCCCAGUGUGCCGACAGCAGCGUGAGGGCAGCCGGGUGGCUGCUGCUUCCAGAAAAACGCGGUGCGUUUGAAGGGCUUAGAAGGAUGCUUGGGGAGAGCAGUGCCAGGUCAGGAGAAGACAGGGAGGUUUUGCCAAGGGGAUGGUGGCGGUGCAGCCCAGCAUGGAGCGGCCGCCCCCGCGCUGGGGGAGCGUUCAGCCACGUGGGUUUUGUCAGGAGAGAAGGGCUCAUUCUUGAGCUGUCAAUCUGCCACCUCCCAGAGGCUCUCCUCCUCCUCCUCCCCCCGCUGCCACCGCUCCCAGAUACGUGCAGUGCGGGGGUUGAAGAUCCCCUGCGCCCGGGUGGGAACUGCAGCAUCUCCCAAACCUCCCAACCCCGAACACGGGGAGGGUGCUCCUUCUCCAUGUCGGCUCAGUUCCUUUCCGUUCAAAAGGUAUCCCCUCAUUUUGAGGUGAAGCUCCGCCUCGUGUCAGGCCCAGAAAUGACCCCUGGCUGCUGCUGGGUGCCCCUGGCUGCUGCUGGCAGCAGUUUGGGCUUGUGGCUGCAGGAUGAGAGCCGAGCACGCCAUCUGUGCUCCCUGUCCUGUGAACUUCCCAGCUCUCCUUUCUCCUCGGAUUUCUUCAUUAGAAGUAGAUAAGAUCAGAUCAUUCUUCUUUCACUACAAGUUCAUUUCACUUUCCACGCAGUGAGCCCAUCUGAUAAAUAGUGGCUCGACAUAACCCAGCUCCUCCUGCCCUUGGCCGCAUGCACGGUGCAGGACUCGUGGCCCCGGCCCCAUGUCCAGCAGGUCCCUGGCUUUUAACAGAGGUGGGGAUGGAUUCCCAGUCUGACCUGAGCUGGGUGGCACAGGGGAGCAGCUGCUCACUCGGCAUCUUGGGACCCAUCCUAGUCGAGCUCGCAUGGUCUCCAGGGCCUGUUGUCCUGCAGGAGCAUCUCUGUGGCUUGUGGGGAUGUCCUUGGAAAAGCAAGAGGCAGUGCAGCCCCUGGUCCUGGCACGCAGGGUUUUGAGUAGCAACACCAGGCACCUCUUUUCACCGCAGGGCUGAUUUGUAUCUGGCUUCACAUGAAAAAAAUGUGCACUGAUAAUGCUGAGCGAUGACUUCUGAGAUUUACAUCCCCUCCUGCCCCCUUUAAUAAGCCUCACUUUGAUCAGACCCCCAGCUGGCAUUCCUCCAAGGCAGGGAGCCAGUCUGCAGCAAACCCCAAAGACAAGAACCAUAUGAUCCCUGGAGCCGCCCCGUAGCUCUGCUGGCUGGGGUUCUCAUUUGGGGUGGGAGUGCUGCGUCAUCUCUUUAGAACAUUUCUAUGGGGUCUGUGGGGUCCACACUGGUGCCUGGGAGAAAUUCUUUCCUCAGAGGUGGGGAGGCCCCAGCAGUGCCCAGAGCUGCAGGGCCCCAUCCCUGGAGGUGUCCACAGCCAUGGCCUGGGGCAGUUGGAGCUGGGGAGCAGCCAGCCCACAGGUGGGAUGGGGAUGGAGGUCCCUUCCAACCUCAGCCAUUCUGCUAUUCCAUGAUUCUGUGUUGGUGUUGGGUAUCAUGUAGGAAGAGGACACUGGAGUGUGCAACCCUUGGAGAGGUCCCAGCUCUCCUCGCGGAGGUUUCCUCCACCCUCUUCUCCCUCCCACCCCUCUCCUGUGUUGCAGGCCGUGGGCUCCCAUGCGUUACCUCGGCCUCCUCCCCUCGCAGCCGUGCUAACGCCCGAAGGAUGGCGGCUGCCUCGAUCCGCUAUGGCAUCACCAUCACCGGGGCCGUGCUGCUGGUGACGGGGACGCUGUGCUUCGCCUGGUGGAGCGACGGGGAGGUGGGCACACCAGUGGGCAGCGGGGCUCGCCUUCUACCCCCCCGCGAGGCCCAGGCGGUGCCCAGCUCCUCCAACGCGCUGCUGCGCUCCGUCAGCUUCUUCUGCUGCGGCAUCGGCGGCAUCCUGCUCCUCUUCGGGCUGCUCUGGUCCGUCAAGGCCAAUGCCAGGGUGGUGUCGCGGCGCUACCAGUACCGCUUCCCCCGCGACCUGCAGUACUUCACUGCGGAGCCCCCGGAGAAGUGGAACUGCAGCUCCUGGGAUGCCACUGCCAUCCCCACCUACGAAGAAGCCCUGACCUGCAGACCUGCACACGGCACCUACCUCUGUCCCGUGGCAAGCAAGGAGGAGCUGACACCGCCACCCUAUCACGACUUGGAGGAGGAGGAGGACGAGCGCUGGCAGAGCGGCCGCCGCCGCAGCUCCUCCGACAGCGCCUUGUUCCGCCCCAGCCCCUUGUGGUUGGAGAUCCAGAGCCCUGGUGGGCCACAGGCAACGCCGCCCCCCAGCUACGAGAACAUCAGUGUUCGGGAUGUCUGACCGAGCCCCGUCCUUCAGCAGGGGGAGAGCAUGGGGGGCACGGGGCUGUCCUGCUAUCCGAGCAAUGCGUUUGGAGCAAUGCGAGCAGCUGGCAUGUUGGAGUCCUUCGUGUUUUUAAUAAAACCACCUCUGGUUGCAAUA